CUUGCUUGUACAUUAAACAAUUAAAAAGAGGGGACACGUGUGAGGCAGGAAGGCAGGUGGUAUGAAACCUUGCUUGUUUUCAAGAGUAACCCUAUCCCUCGGAGGAGCAUUCCUUCCUCGCAUCGGCGUACGUUGGCGCUCAAAUUCGGCAAAUCCAGAACUCUCAAGACGGACGGAAAAAAAAUGUUGUGGUGUAGAAAUUGAAGAAGAUCUUAUAGUGUAACUAACACGUGUAAAGGAUGGCGGCUACGACUAAAGAGAAGAUUACCCGUAAAAGACUGGACAAGCUCGACAUCAUCAAAAUCUGUGAAGAGAUUUUGAAUCCAUCGGUUCCAAUGGCUCUCAGACUCUCCAGUAUUCUCAUGGGUGGAGUCGUCAUCGUCUACGAACGCAAAGUGAAACUCCUCUACGAUGAUGUAAAUCGUCUCCUGGUGGAAUUAAACCAAGCUUGGAAAGUUCAAUUAGUAUCAGAUCCAACCGUAUUGCCUAAGGGCAAAGCUCAAGCCAAAUAUGAAUCCAUUACUCUACCAGCAAUUAGGGAGGAGGAUAUUGAAGAAAUGGAAACUCUUCAACAUUCUAAUGCGCCCACAACAAUGGGGUUUACACAAACUGCCUAUUUUUCAAUGAGGCUGGAUAACAUGGAUGAUUCCUACAUCAAUCCAAAUCCGGAGGAGGAUCUUCCCCAGGAUGACCAUCAAGCUAAUCCAGCUGAUAUCACUUUAUUUGAUAGCCAUGAUCCAUCUCUGGCAGACACAAUCAUGCAUAACCGCUUUGAAAGGUUUGAUAUUGAAGGAGAUGAGGACACACAAUUGAACUUUGCAGCUUCAGAACAUGCUACUAUUCCUAGUACUCUUGUACCUUCUCCACCUCCUCAAGACAAACCCUAUCCAUCUGAUGAAGUACAGGAUCACAAUCCUGAGGCCCAAGUAAAUCAGCAGGUUGCUAAAGACAAGAAAGUUCUUCAGCAGGAUCAGUUAAGGCAAGGUCCAACUCGAAAGAGAGCAAGGCAGCCUGCUGCCAUGGCAAUGGACUGUGAGCAAACCAUUAUCCCUGGUCACGUAUAUCAAUCUUGGCUUCAGAACACCUCCGAUAUUACCUCAAGAAGAAGAAAGAAUAGUCAGCGAUCAGGUGCCAUGUCCAAAAGGAAGAUAGCAAAUAUCACGGAACUUCCUCUUACCGUUCUACAUGAUGGAUUAUUCACUUAUGGGAACAGAGAAGUGCAUUUUCCUGCUCCUCUUCUUGAACUAUGGAAAAAAUGUACCCAGCCAGCUCAUGAUUCAGCUUCCGGAGGGACUUGGACACAUCAACCCCCUGAUCCAUCAUCGUCAUCUCAACCAGAACGAAUACAUAAACGAGAUCCACUUGGUUAUCCCAUUGGAGAUUUUCAUAGUGGUGUUGGCUCUCAAACUGAGGAAAUUUCCAUCGAGAAGCAGAGGACAAAUCAUGACAUAAGCAUGCAACCUGAAAUUCUUAUGGAGGAGAUAGGAACUGAUACUGCAAAUACCAAAGUGCCAUUUUCUGGGGCUUACAUAGGGGGCCUCAGUCAGAGCAACCUGAUGGCAACACCAGGAGAUUCCAGUGAUGAAGUAAGAUCGAUCCCGAGCUCAGGGUCUGGUCAUGGUUUCCUGUCAAAUGAUUCAGAAGUCAACUUGGCAAGGUCCAACAUGAAAAGACCACACUCUUCACCUAGGCACAGAGUUUAUGGCCUUGAACCGGUGGCAGAGGAGAACUCGUCGCAUCCAAACUUCAAGUUGUCUAGACUAUCUGAAAAUGGUCUUAUACCAGAUAAUGAACUUAUGGUGGAAACUGGACCAACGCAAACCCAGAAACAUCCAAUUGCUGGUCAAACUAAUGAUCAGAUCACUCGUUCGAUUCAAAUGCAGCUGAAGGCUCAUUUUGAAACACCAGGAUCUUCUGAAGCAGAAUCUUUGAACCAGCUGGCUAGAGGAAUGGAUAAGAAAAGGGCAGCAGCUCUUUUCUUACGGACUUGUGACGAGGCAAUUCUGCUGGCAGUUCUAGCUACCCAAGACGUCAUCAGAGUUCAGCAGAAGAAGCCAUAUGGGGAUAUACUCAUCUCAAGAGGCCCAAAGAUGUGAGGAAGUAAAAGAAAGCCAUUUGCUGGUUUAUUAUACUUAUGCUAUUAGCAAGUUCUAAUUAUUUGACGUGUGAUCGGUCAAGAGCUGCACACUCAUUUUCUUUUUCGGUUCAAGUCAUGUCUUUUUCGGUAAUUAUUGAUGAUGUCCUUUUUACGAGGUGCAUACGUUCAGCCGUCUUUCACUUCCAAUGCCAAUUUCUCUCACUUUGUAAUGAUUUUAGCCGCGUGUAACUUUAGCUGUUUCAAAAUCCUCUUAUGCUGG